UCAUGGCUGUCUUGUCCCCCAAGUUCUUUCGGUCAAAAACACAGUCCUUCUCUUUACAUUUUUCGAAACAUCAAAUCAAAAACCAAAUCGAUCCUUCAACACAAUCUUUGUCUUUGGUUCGAAAAAUAGACCAAACAAAGUACCGAAAUUGAACGAAAAAAAAAAGAGGCGUAAAUAUCACUGGGAAAAAAGCUUUAACGAAAAAUCAUGGCGAGAUAUGAUCGAGCAAUUACUGUUUUCUCCCCCGAUGGUCAUUUAUUCCAAGUGGAGUACGCUCUUGAAGCCGUCCGUAAAGGUAACGCUGCCGUCGGAGUUCGCGGCACUGAUAUCGUCGUCCUCGGUGUCGAGAAAAAAUCCGCCGUCAAGCUCCAAGAUUCCAGAAGUGUUAGAAAGAUUGUGUCUUUGGAUGAUCACAUUGCUCUGGCUUGCGCGGGUUUAAAAGCCGAUGCUCGAGUCUUGAUCAAUAGGGCUCGAAUCGAAUGUCAAAGUCAUAGGCUUACAGUUGAGGAUCCCGUAACUGUCGAAUAUAUAACACGAUACAUUGCCGGUUUGCAACAGAAGUAUACGCAAAGCGGCGGUGUUAGACCGUUUGGUCUCUCGACGUUGAUCGUUGGCUUUGAUCCCUAUACUAGCGUUCCUUCUCUUUACCAGACCGAUCCAUCCGGAACAUUUUCGGCUUGGAAGGCUAAUGCAACUGGGAGAAACUCCAAUUCGAUGAGGGAGUUUCUCGAGAAAAAUUAUAAAGAAACUUCCGGACAUGAAACGAUCAAGUUAGCGAUCCGUGCUUUGCUCGAAGUCGUCGAAAGCGGGGGAAAGAACAUCGAAGUUGCCACAAUGACGAAAGAGCAUGGACUGCGGCAACUAGAAGAAUCCGAAAUCGAUGCCAUUGUUGCCGAGAUCGAAGCGGAGAAAGCAGCUGCGGAGGCUGCAAAGAAGGACCUGGCCUCCCCUAAAGAAACCUAGUUUGAUAUCGGAUAUCUCUCCGGUCGCCCCAGCUUGUGUCCUUUCAUUAGUUUGCCCUUUUUAGCUGCUUUCAAAAACUAUAUAUAUAUAUAUAUAUAUAUAUAUUUUCAGCAUCAUGCUUUUGUUUAUAGGGCUUGAUUGUUGUUACAAUUAGAGACUAAUAUAUAUAUAUCAAUCCAUUUUUGGGUUUAA